CCAGAAGCCUCUCUCAUUGGCCGAAGCAGCGGAGGCUUCUGGGAGUUGGAGUCCCAAACCUCCUGGCGGGCUUUAAAAGGAGCUUGGGGCUCCAUCCUUGCAAAAGCGUCCAGGCGGGAUGGAAGGAAGGUAACGGGCAAGGCAGUGAGAGUGACUGGGAAGCAGCCCUGAAAUCCUCAAAAAUGAGUGAGCAUCCAACAGGGAAAGAGCCUUUGGGAAAUCAAAAGAGAGGAAACCAAGUCAAGAAGGGGAAAAAGAAACCUCUCACUUCUCAAGAGUCCGACACCUGGGAACCUCCGACUCCCCAGAAGACUCUCAAAGGCAAAAGGAGAAGUAAGUGUCCUGUCUGUGGGAAAAGAUAUUUGCGAUUAACGAUACACUCCAGGUGCCACACAAGCGAAGAACUCAACAGAGUCUCCUCAAGUGAAAAGCCACAUCAGUGCACAGAAUGCGGAAGGAAAUUCCGUUUAAGGGGAAACCUGGAAUCUCAUCAGAGGAUCCACACAGAGGAGAAGCCCUAUGAAUGCAAGAAAUGCGGAAAGUGCUUCUCUCAGAGCAGAGACUUGCGUUCCCAUUGGAGAAGCCACACAGAAAAGGACUCGUAUAUAUGCAGGGAAUGCGGAAAGAGCUUGAAGUCCUACGCAAGCCUGUAUUCGCAUGAGAAAACCCACAGGGAGAAACCCUUUGCGUGCGUAGAGUGCGGAAAGCACUUUGUUUUGAAGACUGCCCUCAUAAUACACCAGAGGACCCACACGGGGGAGAAACCGUACAAAUGUGCGGACUGCGGAAAGAGCUUCUCUCAGGCUGGGAAUCGGGAUAUGCAUCAGAAAAUCCACAGAAGUGAGAAGCCGUAUAAAUGCCUGGAAUGUGGGAAGAGAUUCCUUUUGAAGAGUAUGCUGCGGUCACAUGAGAAGGUCCACACUGGGCAGAAACCUUACAAAUGCCUGGAGUGUGGGAAAAGCUUUGCUCAGAGCACACAUCUCCGCGGGCACCAGAGGACCCACACAGGGGAGAAGCCACAUCAGUGCUCUGAAUGCGGGAAGGAAUUCAGAUGGAAAAGGUCUCUGAGCUUUCAUGAGAGGAUCCACACAGGAGCAAAACCAUACAAAUGCACGGCCUGCGGAAUGUGCUUCAGACACAGUGGAUCCCUACAACUGCAUGAGAAGGUCCACACGGGAGAAAAGCCACACCAGUGCAAGGAAUGUGGAAAGAGCUUCAUUCGGAAGGACCACUUGCGCCUCCAUGAGAGAACCCACACUGGGGAGAAGCCCUAUAAAUGCAUGGAGUGCGGAAAGACCUUUUCUCAGAGCGGAAAUCUGCAGUUACAUAAAAGAAUCCACACAGGAGAGAAACCUCAUAAAUGUACAGAGUGUGGAAAGAGCUUCAGCUCUGUUCAAUCCCUAGUACUACACAAAAGAAUCCACACAGGGGAGAAACCCUAUAUGUGCCUGGACUGUGGGAAAAGCUUCACGCAGAAUUCAAAUCUCUGUAAACAUCAAAGAACCCACACAGGGGAGAAACCCUACAAGUGCCUAGACUGCGGGAAAUGCUUCAGUUUGAGCGAUGGUCUCCGUUUACAUCAAAGGACCCACACAGGGGGGAAGCCAUAUCAGUGCUCAGAAUGCGGAAAGGAAUUCAGAUGGAAAAGGUCUCUGAGCUUUCAUGAGAGAAUCCACACGGGAGCAAAACCAUACAAAUGCACUGCCUGCGGGAUGUGCUUCAGACACAGUGCAUCCCUACGCAAGCAUGAGAAGCUCCACACAGGAGAAAAACCACACCAGUGCAAGGAAUGUGGAAAGAGUUUCACUUUGAUCGGCCAACUGCGCCUCCAUGAGAGAACCCACACCAGGGAGAAGCCCUAUAAAUGCACGGAGUGUGGAAAUAGCUUUUCUCAUAGUGGAUAUCUAUGUUUACAUAAGAGAACCCACACAGGGGAGAAACCUUAUAAAUGUACAGAAUGCAAAAAGAGCUUCAGCCUUAGACAUUACCUAGUACUAUAACAAAAGAAUCCACACUGGGGAGAAACCCUACAUGUGCCCAGAGUGCGGGAAAAGCUUCACGCAGAGUUCACAUCUCUCUAAACAUCAAAGGACCCACACAGGGGAGAAACCCUACAAGUGCAUAGACUGCGGGAAAUGCUUCAAUUCAAGCAACCAACUCCGUUUACAUCAAAGGACCCACACAAGGCAGAAGACGUGCUAAAGCAUCGGAUGUGGAAGGAGUUUCAACGGGGAUAAUGGGCAAACUUCAACCAGAUCACGUACAAUGAGGAGAAGUGAUACUACAACAGGCCCAGAAAUAUUGGACUUAGAUACACAGGAUGGUGGACGAUUUUGCCAAAGUUAAAUUGACAAGGAAGCCUGGACUAUAUUUGUUGGGGAUGCUAGAUGACCAAUUAGAAAAGAACACAGAGAAUUAAUUACUGCUCUAUAUAACCACAGUGGCAAGAAUGUUAUGAACCCAAAUGGUUCCUGUUCUUUUGACGCAGAGUGUUCAAGGAAUAGUGAUGUAUAUUGUAUGAAUGAGGCACUUCAGAGACCAAAAUUGGUUUUAAUACUUUUCAUGUAACAUUCAUGGAGCAUAAUCACUUUAGAAUCACAUCAGAAUCACAUCAAGAGAGAGCUCUCAUCCAUUCAUCUCAAAGCAUACUCACACACAGAAUCACAUCAAGAGAGGCCUCUCCGGGCACACAGUGAGCCUGCAUGACCUACUCUACAUCCUGGAAUUUGGAGAUGGAUGAUGGGACUUGCAGUAACUUCACUCACUUCCUGAAACCACUGAGACCCUCACCAGUGACUGAUCAAGAUCAAACUUGGCACACAGAGCCCCCAUGAUCCACUCUACAUCCUGGUGCACUUUCGAGGAGGACAGACUAUGGAUGAUGGGACUUCAAGUACCUCCACUCACUUCCCAAGACUGUUGCCACCCUCAUCCAAUGACCGAUCAAGACCAAACUUGACACACAGAGCCCCCGUGAGCCACUACAUCCUGGUGCUGUUUGGAGGAGGACGAACAGUGUAUGAUGGGACUUGCAGUACCUUCACUCACUUCCUGAAACCACAGUGACACUCAUCCAAAUACCAAUAAAGACCAAACUUGGCACAGAGAGCCCCCAUGGCCAACUCAACAUUCUGGUGAAGUUUGGAGGAGAACAGACUAUGGAAGAUGAUCAGCUUUCUCCGAGAGGGUUGGACGCUUUAGUUGCUGUGGUUCCUGAAAGUGUGCUUGGUCUUGGAAGUCCCCUGCAUUUAUAGUCUGCAGUUACUCUUUAACAUGUUGUUCCGCUCUUGUGAUUUCAGA